GGAAUUAUUUCACUUUAUUACAAGCAGCUAUAUCUACACAUGUGUGUAAAUCGAUUUAUUAUAUUUUUUGGACAAUAAUUUAAUAUAGGAAUAAGCGAAUACGCACAGAAUGCACCAUUGAAUGGAUAUUUAAAGAAUCACAAAUAUUGUUUGCUGGAGGAAAUUAAACGACGAAACAACGGAACACUGAUCAGAUUCAAGCACUUUUUCCAGCAUGACUCAGCCGGUGGACAAUUCUUUUUCGUACUGGUCAACCAACCCAGGCGCCGGAGCAACAACAGAUGACUCUCGUCCAUCACUCCUCGGGGCGACGGAGUCCAGUGGGCAGAUGUCGCCCUACGCCCCGUCGUUCUAUCCCGCCGGCUCAUACGCGGCCCAGCUGCUGGCCCACGAGGAGUCGCAGGAGAACGGGAGGAAUGCGGCUAUACGUACACAGAACCGCCACCAGGAGCGGACUACCGGCAUGUCUAGCUUGUUCAAUUCCGCCGCCUUGUCGGGCGAUGGUCCACGAUCCCUCCAGUCGAGCGGAGGCCCGAACAACUACUUUCCACGUGUCCCCCAGUCGAGCGGUGGUCAAAGUAACAUCUUUCCACGUGCCCAGUCGAUAGGCGUACGAAAUGACACCAAUAACAACCCACGUGCCCAACCAUCGGGCCACAAUUCACGGGCCCAAACAAUUAGAAUUACGUAUCCCUGCUUGCCGAUUACUCGCCACCUCUUAAGUCCGGAAAGAGCGCCGCGCAGGGCAAAUGCCCAACCAUCGGCGCCAGUCCGUCCAGAGCAGGCUUCUCCGGCCCCUACUCGCACGCGACACUCUACAGAUGGCGAUCACUCAACGCUCGGGCUGUUCCCCUUAUCCGCAGUACCCCGUACUGAUCCCACUGCAGAGUACUGCGCCAAGCUCCUUAGGAACCGGCAAAACGAGUCCUCGAGUAACGCCGCUCGGGUGGAUCCAAGGAUUCCAGCAGCGAGGCCGCAGUCUUCGAUAACGCCGCCGACGGCUACGGCGACGGCGAACUAUCCCCCCUUUGAGGAAUUUGUCGCGCAGUUAGACAAUUGGGACGUACGGCGGGAGGAGUUCAUAGGAACGCUACGGAAUCUGAUGGUGCGCGCCAACGACUUGUUGAAGCCAUUGCUUGGUGGCCGCUUCAGCCAGAUGACACCCGAGCAGAUCGCCGCCUACACCUCUACCAUCCUCAACAGUGGGCCACUGCAUCCCAGCCUGUUCCUGCCGUUCCAUGCUCAGCGACCAUGGGAGGGCGACGGCCUUGAACUGCCUUCCAGCCAUCCACACAGUCUGACGCCCGAGGACUUGGCCCUAAUCAGAGCUCUUUGCAGCAAGAAGGACGCCACCACACAGACAGAGUACGAUUGCCUCUGCAUGCUAUUGGGCUUUCCGGGGAUCCCGCCGCUAGAUCGUCCCCAAGCUGGUCCAUUCACGGGACCGCCAUUGUUUGAAAUGACCCCGAACGGGCCGCGUCUCGCUCCAUUGGGUGAUGUAUCGCCACUACAACCGAUCCUGAAUUUUGCAUCCGAAACUGGAGCAGGAACUCCUGGAGCUGAACUUGGAGAUGGGGCAGGGCUUGAACCGGGCACGGGAUUCGCACCUGCAGCAGGAUACGGACAAACCGCAGGAUACGGACCUGGAUAUAGCGAAGGAUUCGGACCAGGCGCAGGAGUCGGACCUGGCUCAAGACCCGGACCUGAUCAUAUUUUUGGACCUGGAGCAGGAUUUGGACCUGCCGCAGGGUUUGGAACUGGCGCAGGACUUGGAACUGGGGAUGGAUUCGGACCAGGAGCAGAUAUGGGAUCCGGGGCAGGACUCGCACCAACUGCAGGACUUGGAUCUGCUGCAGGCGUCGUACCUGGAGCAGGAUUUGGACCUGCCGCAGGGUUUGGAACUGGCGCAGGACUUGGAACUGGGGCUGGACUCGGACCUGGAGCAGAUAUGGCAUCCGGGGCAGGACUCGCACCAACUGCAGGACUUGGAUCUGCUGCAGGCGUCGUACCUGGAGCAGGAUUUGGACCUGCCGCAGGGUUUGGAACUGGCGCAGGACUUGGAACUGGGGCUGGAUUCGGACCUGGAGCAGAAAGGGCAGCCGGCGAAGGACUCGCACCAGGUGCAGGACUUGGACCUGCAACUGGCGUCGAACCUGGAGCAGGAUUUGGACCUGCCGCAGGACUUGGAACUGGGGCUGGAUUCGGACCUGGAGAAGAUAUGGCAUCCGGGGCAGGACUCGCACCAGCUGCAGGACUUGGAUCUGCUGCAGGCGUCGUACCUGGAGCAGGAUUUGGACCUGCCGCAGGGUUUGGAACUGGCGCAGGACUUGGAACUGGGGCUGGACUCGGACCUGGAGCAGAUAUGGCAUCCGGGGCAGGACUCGCACCAGGUGCAGGAUAUGGACCUGCAGCAGGCGUCGUACCUACGGCAGGACUAGGACUUGGAGCUGGUGCAUGGCCCGUACCACUAACAGGAUGGCCGUAUGCUUGUGACACGCCUCCGCAACCUCAUCAUAUGCCUCCACCCUAUCCUCCUUUUGGGCAAGCGCCGGCUACCCAAGCGCCAUAUGGAUAUCCCAACAUCAACGUGCAUCCGAGUUCGAGUUUGAAUUCGAAUCCGUACGCGAACAUGUAUCAGCAACAGCAAAUGCCACCGCAUGUGUAUCCGCCUGGUCCGACAUUUACGAAUCAACAAAUGAAUUUCCUUCCCCCGAUGAAUGGACCAAUGCCGCCACAGAUGCAUCCGUCAACGCAUGCAAAUAUGUACCCGCACAUGGCUCCGCCACAUAUGCCAUUAAACCCGGAUGCACAAAUGAACUCCAUCGCGAGUUUAUAUCUCUAUCCCUACUAUGAUCCAUACAUGAACAACAACGCGUACUUAUAUCCGAACAUGGAUCCUAAUAUGCAGCCGAAUCACCCGAACCCUCACUGGCAGCCACCAUCCAUGAAUCAUCAUUCAUUCUGUGCACAUCCAUUUCGAGCUCCACCUUCAAUGGGCAGACCGAUUCUUUAUCCAGAUCCUGGGAUGAACGCUAGUGGUCACCGUUUUGGUUACCGUGCCAGCCACGGCCACGGCCACGGCACCGGUCAGUUCCACUUCCACGGCCAUGGGCAACCACACGGCCACUGCCACGGCCACGGCACCUUCAAUGGAGAACCGACCAGACAUGGAUCAUACAGCGGACAUUCCACCUACAAGAAACGCGACCACCAUCGCCAACGCUGCCAAACGCCACCUAACCCACCUGUGGAAGAAGACCCCACCUCGGAUUUGACUUCCGAAGCGAAUUCGGAUUCAGACACCGUAGUGGGAGUAGAACCAAUGUUAGAUGGCGAGGUAAUUCUUAAACUACGGAUGUCCGACAACGUUGAGAUCAUAGAGCAAGUUAAUGGCACCGCCAUAGUGGAAAUCGCUGCCGGGGCUAGCGAAAGCGCAGGGUCGGAUGGGAUCUGCCCAGGAUCUUUCAGUGGGGUGAUCACAAUCCAGCAUAUUCCAGUCAGUAAUACCAAUCACCAGAUCGACGACAACGUGAGCCCGAGCAAAGACACCAAUGAGAAGAGUUCUGUUUGCGCCUCCGACAACAAUAAGCCAACAGACCAGCAGACGCAGGCCGAAGGAAAGUCUCGCAGCCAGGAAGAUACCCCUGCCAACGUGGGUCUCGAUGGUACACGGUUCAUGGGCUACGCCGUACACACCGUCGGUGGGGACGACAACUCGGAAGAAUCUAAUCCUGCCAGCCGAGCGAACGUACCCGUACCACUUGAGCCGAUCUCUGUACCGACGAACAACACAGGGCACGACUCUCCCCAGAUGGAGCAAUCGAAUCGGAAUAUGCUGCUCUGCGCCAAUGUGCCGCCGACCGUCAUUGAAGAGCCGCAAUCAUCACCGACCCAGGUGGCGGGGUCCGUUGUUCCGCCAAGACUAGUGAUCGGUCAGGACUCUGUAGCUGGAGAAAGUAUGGGGACUCGCCCGCCAACCUGGCCCUCUCCUCCUACUUUGGAUCGCAGCGAGGAGUUCAUCGGCCCCAGCUUUGGGGGCAUCAAUUUCCCCAUACACGACAUUAAUCCACGCAGAAUUAGCUCAACUGCCACCACAGAAGGCGACUGCAUCAACAUACUCAGCAAUCUGCGAAAGUUGAACUACCUGCCCGAUCCAAACGAUAACAUUACCAGCAAUCAGAAUGAAAAUCGACAUGUGGGAUCGAACAUUAAUUAUAUUUCGGAUCCAAUGCCGCCGACCGUCAUUGAUGAGCUGCAAUCAUCACCGACCCAGGUGGCGGGGUCCGUUGUUCCGCCAAGACUAGUGAGCGGUCAGGACUCUGUAGCUGAAGAAAGUAUGGGGACUCGCCCGCCAACCUGGCCCUCUCCUCCUACUUUGGAUCGCAGCGAGGAGUUCAUCGGCCCCAGCUUUGGGGGCAUCAAUUUCCCCAUACACGACAUUAAUCCACGCAGAAUUAGCUCAACUGCAACCACAGAAGGCGACUGCAUCAACAUACUCAGCAAUCUGCGAAACUUGAACUACCUGCCCGAUCCAAACGAUGACAUUACCAGCAAUCUGAAUGAAAAUCGACAUGUAGGAUCGAACAUUAAUUAUACUUCGGAUCCAAUGCAGAUGCCGUCCUCGAUGCUUUUGCCGAUUACAACUUCCAAUUCCAACAUGUUCAUGCGAGCCCCGCAAAACACCAGUCCCAUAAAUCGUUUGAUGCGGAUGCCGCUUCCAACACCAACUGCUGAAUCCAAUGUCAUGCGAUUAAAUAAUAUGAUGCCGACUCUGAUGCCUAUGCCCCGUCCAAUGGAAAUUUCUGAAACUGAUCUCAGCGCCGUUUUCAUGCAGCCGAGUAGUCUGCUGAUACCGAGGCCAAUACCGGCUCCGAUGCCCAAUCCGGAGUCCAAUGACAUGGUGAUAGAUGAAUCGUCCAUGACCCCGCUUCCGCUUCCGCUUCCGCAUCCUCAAUCCCAUAUCGUUCUGUCCGAUAGUACAGGCGAGAGAGAAAUUUUCGUGCAAGCCACAAGAAGCCUUCCGCUUCCCAUGCUUAGUUCCACGGACAAUGCCAUGGCGAUCCCGGAUAAUGAUCGUGGCGCAAGCAACGAUGCCGUGCAACCCGAUAUCUCUACGAAUCCUUCGAUUUCAAUACCAGUACCGCCUCACAUGCCCCUUCCCAGGCCCAUUGGCAUGUUAAGGCCUGAAACGGAUCGUAGCGAAAACAACAACGUGUUCAUGGAUGCCGAGAUGCCACUACCGUUUCUGAUUCCACCACGUAAUGGAAUGGGGAUGCCAUUUCGUCCGGAUCGGUCGCCUAUGCGUCGGAUCUUCUACCAAAUGGCGCACUUGCACAACCUAAAUAUUUUGAAUUUGAACGGGACUGUGCAACCUCCCUCGAGGGAAAAUUUCAGCAUAAACUUGGCCUUUGGCUUGAGUCUGGGAUUGCCAUUGGAUAUGGACGUAGGUAUGCCGCCUCCUGACCUGAUGCCAGAAAUUAUACCCAAUCUGAACGAGACGUUAUCCAUCGAAGGAGGAGAAGCAAUCGUAAUUCCAGAUAUCGACGGACCAAUCGCCCCCGCAACAGAAUCUUCAGUCAAUUCUACCCAUCUUGACCCAAUGCUCCUGCCGGUGUUUGAAGAGGAGCAGAGUGGUAGUGAUCCAUCCUCAAGUGACGAGAUCAUCUUAAGCACAGAGUCCUCGCCCAGAACCAUCUCUUCUAGCUGGACGACUGAGGAAGAACGAUCCAUUACCGGCACAGAAUACCUGGAUAUCAACAGGCCCACCAAUACCAACACAGAAUCCCCAGUGAACAACACUACUGACAGCCCAAUAGACCAGACGCUUGGGGGAGAUCAUUACAGCAGUGAUCAUGGUGCCAGUAAGGAGUCAGCAGAGCACAGCCAUAUUGGUGAACACUUCAGGGAGAACUCAAUUGCAAUGGGUCUGGCGUUGCAGGAAAAGGAUAGCAACAUUGUUCCGGAUUUAACGAUAAUGCCUUCGACGACGGAAGAAUAUAGGAGCAGCAUUGAUCAGGACUUGACAUUAGUGCCUCCGACGAUUGAAGUAUAUGGUAGCAGCGUUGAUCAGGACUUGACUCUAAUGCCUUCGACGACAGGAGAAGAUGGAAGCAGCAUUGUUCAGGACUUGACAUUAGUGCCUUUGACGAUUGAAGUAGAUGGAAGAAGCAUUGAGCAGGUCUUGACAUUAGUGCCUUCGACGACGGAAGAAGAGGGGUGCAAAAUUGAUCACGUCUUGACAUUAGUGCCUUCGAAGAUAGAAGAAGAUGGGAGCAGCACUGAUCAGGACUUGGCAUUAGUGCCUUCGACGACGGAAGAAGAUGGGAGCAGUAUUGAUCAGAACUUGGCAUUAGUGCCCUCGACGAUGGAAGAAGAUGGGAGCAGCACUGAUCAGGACUUAGCAUUAGUGCCUUCGACGACAGAAGAAGAGGGGUGCAAAAUUGAUCAGGACUUGACAUUAGUGACUUCGACGACGGAAGAAGAGGAGUGCAGCACUGAUAUUAACGAACCCAUCGCCACCGCAAUCACAGUUGACGGGACCAUUUACAACCCAUCUCUCUUCAACGGAUCCAUGAUAAGCCCAGAAUCCACGUUCAGUCCCGCCUUUGGUAGCGGGACGACUGGGCAUGGGCCCACCGAUACCAGAACAGAAUCCCCAGUGGAUAUCAGUACUGACAGUCCAACAGAACAGAUGAUUGGGGGAGAUCAUUACAGCAUUGAUCAAGCCGCCAGUGAGGAGUCAGCAGAGCAAAGCCAUAUUGAUGAACACUCCAGGGAGAACUCAAUUCCGAUGGGUCUAGCGUUGCAGGAAGAGGAUAGCAACAUUGCUCUGGACUUGACUCGAAUGCUUUCGAAGACGGAAGAAUAUGGGAGCAGUAUUGACGAAUCCUCAAGCGAGAGUUUUACUCCACCGGUAGAAAAUACCAACAUGGAUCAAGCAGUAAUUGAAAACUGCACUCAAGACUCCACAGAGGAUUCCGCGGCUAAAAAAGAUAUCCCAUCCCAGUAAAGACACGUCUAAACAAACACCUAACAUCUACAGACUGAACAACAAAGCGAGCUUACUAAAGCGGGUUACUAUAUUUUUAAGUUUAUUUUCAAAAUUUGUUUGUAGUUUUUUAUCUCCAUUUGGACUCGUACCACAAUAUGCCUUUUUAUCUGGUGCACUAUCCACCAUAGCAGCGAGCAAAAACAGGCGAGAUCAGCUAGAUCAAACCUUUGAGACUGGCACCAGGGACCUGAUCCACAAUCGACACUCAAGACUGUUCAAAAGAAUCUAAAUUUGUGUAUACUAUUAAUGUAUCGAAACAUUUGCAAGCCUUUAGAAUAAACACAAGACACAUAGCCACUAACAAA